AUGGCCUCCUCGGUCGCCGUCAAGUCUCUCGCAGACAUACCCAACCUUGUCGAACUAUACAGCUCCUUAAAACUUCGUCCAUCUCCGACCGAAGGCGACCUUGUCGUGGCCCCUUCGUCCGCCGUCAACGCCCGCGUGAGCCUUUUCUGUGGAGACAUCACCAAGCUCCGGCUCGACGCCAUCGUCAACGCAGCCAACAAAACCCUCAUGGGCGGCGGCGGCGUCGACCAUGUUAUCCACCGCGCCGCCGGUCACGCCUUGGUCGAUGAGUGCCGUGGCCUCGGAGGCUGUCCCGUCGGCCUGGCCAAAAUCACGCGUGGCUAUGACCUGCCGGCGGCAAACGUCAUCCACACCGUUGGUCCCGUCUACGACCCUACCAAUCCUUGGAAAUCCGAGGGGAGUCUUCGAAGCUGCUACAAGGAGAGCUUAAGUCUCGCGACCAAAAACGAGCUCAAGACCAUUGCUUUCCCCGCCAUCAGCACCGGCGCAUAUCGCUUUCCGAGCAAGGACGCCGCAAGGGUCGCAUGCGAGACGGUCAGACGAUAUCUCGACAACGACUACGGCCUGUCGAGGGUCGUAUUCGUCACCUAUGAGCGGAAGGAGGUGGAGGCCUACAACGAGAUGAUUCCGUAUUUUCCCUCCACCCUCCUCCGUGCAACCGGCCGCUGCCUGGCCUCGAGUGCUGACCAUGACCGAGAGUAG